GUGCAACAGCAGGGUGUAACAUAACUUAAUUCAGUGUCAUAUUGGGUUUUUUUUGUUGGUUUGUUUGUUUUUUAAUUAUUAUUAGAAAUACCAGACAACGUGUUUCAGUUCAGCUUUAGCAGUCAUCUUUUUUAAUUCAGGAAGUGGCUAUAGCAGACCUAACAGACCCAAACUAACCUAGACCAGAUCAAGGCCAAAUUUGGCCAGAGCAUGACUGGUAAACGUUAAUCAAGGUCUGUAGCCUGCACAGGGACGAUACAAGCCCCUUCCUCCUCUUCACCAGAAACAAAGUAUCACUGAAUUUUGCCAGUGCACUAUUUGCUUCUAAAGAUGCUUUUAGGUCACAUUUGUUAAGGAUUUAAAAAAGAAAAAUGGAUAAACACGUAAGAACAAUCAAGCAUGGACCAUAUAAUGAAGGAACAUGGUAUCAAGUUUCCGAGUUUCCGAGCUACAAGUGUUGUUGGGCUUUGCUGGACAGAACAAAAGUGGUCGCAAGCACGAACUUCUGCUAAGGGCCUUGCACAUGCUUAAGAGUGGAUCCAGCCCGGCAGUGCAGAUCAAAGUCAAAGAACUCUACAGACGACGCUAUUCAAGGGCAAUUGAUAGUCUUCCUAACUUGGCAAGCCUGCAGAGCUACUUUCAGGCAGAGGCUGAGACGUCAGUUGUUGCUACUGACCUGUCUGGUUCUGGGCACUCAGACUCGGUGCAUCUCAGCCCAGAUUCCUCUCUCUUUCCGGAAGCGAAGCCAACGAUGAAUAUGCAGCAGGGCACGCCACUCAUGCCACCUGUGCACCCUGAUGUACAGAUGAAGUCACUUCCGUUCUACGAUGUGCUGGAUGUCCUGAUCAAGCCCUCUAGUUUGGGUCCAUGUACUGCUCAGAGAUUUCAUCAGGAGAAGUACUUUAUCUUUGCCCUGACUCCGCAGCAAGUGAGAGAAGUUUGCAUAUCUCGGGAUUUCCUUCCAGGCGGCCGAAGAGACUAUAUGGUCCAAAUUCAGUUGAGGUUUUGCCUUUCGGAGACCAGCUGUCCUCAAGAGGAUAAUUAUCCAAACAGCCUAUGUAUCAAAGUCAAUGGAAAGCUCUUCCCACUGCCUGGGUUUGCACCACCCCCUAAAAAUGGAGUGGAACAGAAAAGGCCAGGGAGGCCUUUGAACAUAACAUCUCUCGUCAGACUGUCGUCUGCCGUCCCCAAUCAGAUUUCCGUCACAUGGGCACCAGAAAUUGGAAAGACCUACUCCAUGUCGGUGUACCUUGUGAGACAGUUGACCUCCCCGCUGCUGUUACAGAGGCUGAAAAUGAAGGGGAUACGGAACCCUGACCAUUCUCGAGCAUUGAUUAAAGAGAAGCUCACUGCAGAUCCUGAUAGCGAAGUCGCCACAACCAGUUUACGAGUCUCCCUCAUGUGCCCGCUUGGGAAGAUGCGCCUCACCGUGCCAUGUCGAGCAGUCACCUGCUCCCACCUGCAGUGUUUCGACGCGGCGCUCUACCUGCAGAUGAACGAGAAGAAGCCCACCUGGAUCUGCCCAGUGUGUGACAAGAAGGCCACUUACGAGAGCCUCAUCAUAGACGGGCUGUUUAUGGAAAUCUUAAACGAUUGUACGGACGUCGACGAAAUAAAGUUUCAAGAGGAUGGGACCUGGUGUCCCAUGAGACCAAAGAAGGAGGCGCUAAAAGUGUCGUCGCCAUCCAUCCCCAAAGUUGAAAGUUCUGCACCUGUGCGGCAGUGUGCCGUGGUACCUCACGGCGAGGUGAGCAGCUCCAAGAAAGCUGAUGUGAUUGACCUGACCCUGGACAGCUCCUCGGAGGACGAACAGGAUGUGGAUCCUCCCCACAAAAGACGCUGUGUGUACAUGUCCAAACAGGAGGACAUGCAUGGAAAGGGGGUGUUGGCCUAUCAGCCCUCAGCUGUGCGGGUGCCAAAUGUGCAGGGCCUGGACCCAACUUACCUGGCGUCCUCCUUGGCAGACUAUGCAGUACCGUACCAUCACUCAGCCCUGUCCACUAUUCCUGCAGAUAUGCAAGGUCUGGAUUUGUUUUCUUUGAUUCAAGGAGACCCACAGCAUUACCGGGCACCCAUGUUCCUGGACAACCUGUCCGGCAGCCUCCAGAGUGCCACCACCAGCGGUAGCCUGGUGUCGUCCUCGAGUCAGUACGAGACGGUCGCCACCACGCACAGCACCAGCUCCAGCCACGAGACGGGCGUCAUCACCGGGGGAACGGCCACCAGCAUCUCCGACAUCAUCUCGCUAGACUAAAGUCCACUCCAAGCCACCUCUCGCCCUCUGGCUCUCCACUAGCCUGGGGCAGAAGGGCCACUCUAAAGGACCUCCCCCCAACCAACCCAAGCCGCGGACUAUAGAGGCCCAAGAACUGACUUGGGCUGUAAUCUCACUCACACCAGCCAAGGGUUAUUCACGAUUACGACAACAAUGACGAUGUAACAAGGACGGUUCGGGUUUUUUUGUUUUUGUUUUUGUACGUUGCCUUUCUGACGGGACAGGUGGAGCUCACGAGCUUUGAGUGCAAGGACGAUGAAUGCUGGACAGGUCGCGACCGCGCUCGACGCGCACGCAGCUCCGUGAAUGUUCAGUGCAGGCUUUCUUCGGCAGCUGAUUUCUUCAUGUUACCUAGAUCUCUACAAUUCAUGCAGUGAAACGUUAUCUCAUUCUUUCGGUUCUACUUUAGUUUCAGCAAUAAAAUGUCUUGUCAUUUACAUAUUGUACAUUUAUGUUUUAACUAUUGAUGGUCCAGAUUGUGCCCUGGUGUUAUGCAUCAAUUCAGCUGUUUUUAAUAGUUUGUUCCUGGUUUUAUUUUAUAUGUGGACAUGUGAAAAGAAUUUUGUAAUGCAUCACAUGCUAUCUUCUAUUUCACCAAGAGACUUAAAGGGCCACCGUUGCUUUCCUUUUGAAGCUAAUCAAAUAAUUUACAUGUAACAACCUUGUUUCCACACUACAUUUGGGAACUGCCCUCUCCUUAGCCCAGCAAUAUAGUGUACUUGAUGGCAUAUUAAGAGGAUACUUGACCAGUAAUGUGUCCAUAGAUUCUUAUGUUUUGUGGUUAUUUGCCAUGACAACACGGGGUGCCAGCUUGCGCCAUCACACUGUCAAGAGCACUAUUAAAUUGGGAUAUUUGUAAUAACAUUGUAUGUACCUUUUACCAGCAAGCAUUAUGAUGUUGAAAGGGAUUCAAACUGUCGUAAUCCGCAAAAAGAUAGAACAGAAGGACCUUUAGUCACAUGGUUAUUGUAUUUGUAGACUUGUCAUUCUUGCUGCAUCACUGAUAUGUGUGCGCCACAUGAACUGUUACAGAUUUGACAAAUGGUGCCACAUUAAAAGAAAGAAAUCCAACAUGUCUUACUGGAUAUGAGCCAUAAAUUUAAUUACAAGUGAAAGCAUGUCUACAUUUGGUUGUGUCAAAUAUGAAUAUUGAUACUCAAGCCCUCCUUACACAACUAUUUAGCUUUUUUGACCAUUGAGACUAAGGUUUCAUUUAACAAAAAUUGUCUUUAAAAAUUAAAUGCCCUCAUGUUUUUAUUAUGACCUGUCUGUAACAUUGUGUAUCAGAAACAGUUGAGUAAAACAAGCUGUCACAAGCCUCUUGUCAACUUGUGGAAUUUACAUCAAGGCUUCUUUUGUGCUUUUGAUCAAAAACUGCUACAAGAAGCAAUUGUAUAGAUGAAAUGCCAUCUAGCCAAACUAAGCAUGGAAGCCAUGUAAUCAUUUAGAAUUAUGAAUUGGCCAUGGAACACAAAAUAUGGUGCUAAGUUUUAUUUGCUGUUGAUAUUACAACUUAACACUGUCCUUUUUUCUGUCUUUAUUUUUUGUUUUAUACUGUAAACGUUCACCCGUACACUUCUGUAUUAUUUUCUGUAUUUUCUUUUAUUAUUUUACAUGUAAUAAGCAAGAUCUACAUUGGCCAGAUGUAUUCUGGACUGUCAUGGUGAUCACAGUUUGUCCAGGAAGUUGUCAAGAGGUGGGAUUCCUUCCUUGAGGCCCUUGCGUUUACGUGUGUCGACUACAACCUGGCAUGGCUUGCUGGCAGGGUCGUAGGGGUCACCAGGGAGGAUCUGCCAGUGGUCAAAGACACACUGGGGAAAGGCCUGGCCACCUGUGUUGGACCUCAGGUCUGCUGUGAACCC